AUAACAAUGGAUAUGUGGAAUGUUGAGUGUACCCAUUCAAAAGACUACGUGCUUUGUAUGGUAUGCAAUCGCUCGCUUCCCACGCCGACGUCUCACGAACACUCCCCAACAAUAAGCACCACAAUAACGCUGCGACAUGUGGCGGCGGAUGCUGAGGUCGUGGACGAGUUAAUCAUCUCUCCACAUGCCGACAACACUCUGCAGUCAGCAGAAAGAUGUCCUAAUAUGGGUUGGUCAUGCGUGGUGGCACGCGCCGUGGCCUUUGUACUGAUGCUGAGCGGCGCGUCUCAAGUCUCCGCGCUCACCUCCGACAUCUUUGCAGCGGGCAAGUCGGACAAAGAGAUACUGGACAAUCUACUGAAAAACUCCCGCUAUGACAAAAGACUGCUUCCACCAGUAGAUGGUGUCCUCACCGUUAAUGUUAGCGUGCUACUUCUUAGUUUAGCAUCUCCAGACGAAUCUAGCCUUAAAUACGAAGUUGAGUUCCUUCUUCAACAGCAGUGGUACGAUCCCCGACUGCGAUACUCAAACCAGUCUCACUACGACUUUUUAAAUGCCAUCCAUCACCAUGAAGACAUCUGGUUGCCGGACACUUAUUUUAUAAUGCACGGUGACUUCAAGGAUCCAAUAAUACCCAUGCACUUCGCAUUGAGAAUUUACCGCAAUGGUACAAUCAACUAUUUAAUGCGACGGCAUCUUAUUUUGUCCUGUCAGGGGCGGCUCAACAUAUUUCCAUUUGAUGACCCAUUGUGUUCAUUUGCUUUAGAAAGUAUAUCGUACGAGCAAUCUGCCAUCACUUACGUGUGGAAGAAUGAUGAAGAUACUUUAAGAAAGUCUCCGUCGCUAACAACCCUCAAUGCGUAUCUCAUUCAAAACCAAACCAUUCCCUGUCCUAUUAAGGCGAGCUGGAGAGCUGACGGUAUUUCACUUUACGAGGACGAUGAAGAGCUGACAUGUAAUCUUUGCCAGAGACGCUUUGAGGAGCAAGGUAACUACAGCUGUCUAAAGGUGGAUCUAAUUUUCACCAGAGACCGAGCGUUCUACUUUACCACAGUGUUUAUUCCUGGAAUAAUUCUGGUGACCUCCUCUUUCAUCACAUUCUGGCUGGAAUGGAACGCUGUGCCGGCCCGUUCCAUGAUAGGUAAUUACAGCUGUCUGAAAGUGGAUCUCAUCUUCACGCGAGAUAGAUCAUUUUACUUUACCACAGUUUUCAUUCCGGGAAUUAUUUUGGUGACAUCAUCCUUUAUCACUUUUUGGCUGGAAUGGAAUGCAGUGCCCGCUAGAGUAAUGAUAGGCGUCACCACAAUGUUGAACUUUUUCACAACGUCCAACGGUUUCCGAUCAACAUUGCCCGUCGUAUCAAAUCUCACAGCGAUGAAUGUGUGGGAUGGAGUGUGUAUGUGCUUCAUCUACGCAUCGCUACUAGAGUUUGUCUGCGUCAACUACGUAGGAAGAAAAAGGCCCCUACACAACGUCGUGUACCGACCCGGAGAAAAUCCUGUCACCCAGCGACUGCCCGCAGUUCUGAGCAGAAUUGGCAUUAUACUGGCCAGCCCUUUGGAGGCGAUGGCAUUCCUCCAUUGGGCAAAGUCCGAUCCGCCCGAGCCGGAGCCCGGCGGCGCUCCGUUAUCUCAGGGUGACAAAAAGCGUGAAUCGACGGGCGCCGCUGACCUGGUGUCGUGCGCGACGUGCGCAGGCCCGCCCGGCUCCUGCACGCACGCCGCUAACAACGGCGGAGUGGCCGAGCCAUGUUUCGUCCAGGUCCGCAAAAAAGAGCCUCCGCACCCGAUUCGCGUGGCGAAGACCAUCGACGUGAUCGCUCGCAUCACCUUCCCCACUGCCUACGCGGUCUUUCUUAUCUUCUUCUUCAUUCACUACAAAGCCUUCUCUUAAUGCCGCCUCUUCCGCUGCCCGCUGCAACUUGCUUUUAUAAAGUGGACAAUUUAUAGUAUCUACAUAUUUUGUAUUUAUUACUUUCGACACGGCUACGUAAGUAUGAAGAUAAGUUAAACCACACGCGAUACCUAACCAGAUAUUUUUGAUGAAUUUCAAUAUUAAAUAAGAAAUUGUGAUUGAACUCGUUUAAGAUAUGAUAUUUAAGUUAAUAAUAUAGAUUUAAGUGAAAAUAAUUUAGUGCAAAAGACUACAGUUGCAGCUUGUGUUGAUGGAUAUGAAAAUGCCUGAGAUUUUUCUACGAGUUUUGAAAUAGGUUUUAAAUGUUCUUAUCGAUGGACGUUAAAAAAAAGGUGACGCUAUGUGAAUAUGAUUUAAGAUAGACUAAAGAGGGAUCAAAGACAAAUAUUAAUGUAUUAUCAAUUACAUUGUGAUGAAUUAGACAAAGAUAGACCAAUAAGUCCAGAAUGCGAUAAAACCGUCAUCGUAAAUAACAUUUAAAAAGAAAUCUAUUUCAAAUCUUAAAACAGUCCAAUUUUUAUGAAAAAUCUCUCAUGCUCAUAGAUUUGAAUAAAGAGUAGAAAUAUUACGUUAUAAAUUUUAUAUGCCAUAG